AGCGAGCAGCGUCUCGCGUUCCCAAAAAAGCACCACUGACCCAAUGUGGCCGUUAACCUUGCUAUGAAAAUCUGAAGGAAUCAGGACGGCCAGAGACGUGACGAGAACACGAAGAGCGAGUACGAAAAGUCAGCGCAAAACAGUUUCCCCACGAAGAAUCGUAAGAAAGUGCGGAGUAUAGCAGACGGCAUGGACACUGGGUCGCUCUAGGUCGGCGACGGGUUUCUACCACUCAGGCCUCGGAGGAAGGCUUGAACAAGAAUCUGCAGCCUCCUCACAGACGUAGACGAAUGCCAUGCUUAACUUGGUGCUAGAACGGGACGUACGACGACCACACUGAGCAAUGAGAACAUGGGGAAUGGUGCCGAGAAUCCGGCCUUGCCGUUGUCGGCUCAGAGAAUCGGCAUGGACGUGCUGGGCAUGUACUUAUCUUGGUCAAGUACGCUCUUCAGACCUUCUGAGGGUAGAGUCAAGAGCCAUCGUCAUGUCUGACGCCGAAGAGCUCGAUGUUUGAACGAACGGUCGAGGGCUAAGAUGAGGAGAGUCGAGCUAAAGCGUAACGCGGCACGUGGCCGCGUUCUGAUCAGUAAAUACCGACAUGUUUAGUCGUUCCAUUUGUCCUUAUUUAGUCCAGACCUGCCUCUUACAAUUCUCGCAAACAUCCAACUGGACUGUUCAUCGAUCAUGGAGAUCGACGCCCGUGAGAGGCUUCGGCAGCACUUCUUGAACAACAGAUCACCAGAGCGCUGGGACGAACUGUGGAAAGAUGGAUCUUUCCUGCCGUGGGAUCGAGGUACGCCGAAUCCUGCGCUGAUUGACACGCUCGACAGCAAAUGGUCCACCAUUGGUCCUGCGCUGAAGCAAGAUGGCUCUCGCAGAAAAGCUCUUGUCCCGGGCUGUGGCAAGGGCUAUGACGUGUACCUGUUCGCUGCUUACGGUUUCGACGCCUUUGGGCUCGAGGUGGGCAACGCGGUAGAGGCCGCGAAGAAAUUUGCCCCAGAGGCAGACACGAGGGAUGAAUACAAGGCGAGGGACGAGAACGUGGGAAAAGGGAAGGUCGAAUUUGUGCAGGGAGACUUUUACGCAAAGGAUUGGGAGACGUCUUGCCAUCUGGACGGAAACAGCGGGUUCGAUGUCAUUUAUGACUAUACGUUUCUAUGCGCCAUGCCACCGAACCUGCGACCGGCGUGGUCAAAACGCAUGACUGAGCUGCUUGCGCCCGGAGGUACGCUGAUCUGCCUAGAGUUUCCCCUGUACAAGGAGGCCUCCUUGGGUGGCCCACCUUGGGCUAUGAGAGCAGAGACGUACGAGAUGCUUCUGCCCUUCCCGGGCGAGGAGCCAGAAUAUGACGAAAAUGGCUACGUGAUUAAACAGGAACGCCCUCCCAACCCUAACGGUCUGACAAGGAUCGCGCGUUGGCAUGCAGAACGCUCUCAUCCCGUAGGCCAAGGGACGGAUCAUGUCAGUCUUUGGAAGCAUCGGGAAGCUGCUUAGUCCGCAGAACAAAGAGCCACGGUGAGUUUACAUGAGGACAUGGUUCAGCCUUGCCGCAAGCUGUUGUAGUGUUCGCCUAGCCCAAAUCCGUGUCGAUAGUAUGCAAGCCACAAUCUCCUCUCUGCGCC